GUGUGACGCGGCCGGAAGUCAUCAUCGGGUGUCAGCAGAUCGGAAAUGGAGAGUGACGGGGCCUCAUCGAUACAGCAGCGGUGCUGAAAGUGAUCGAUUCCUCUGCCGAUGGUGGACUGAAGCUGAUCAGCGGAGCCCAUGGAGACCCAUGAGGAGAAACCCAUCAUUUACACCAUGGAGAACAAGCCCAUAGUGACCUAUGCGGGUGAUCAGACCCUGUUCACGGCCCUCUACACAUCUCUGACUCAGCAGCUGCCCAGAGAACCAAUGGAGUGGAGGAGGUCUUACGGCCGAGCACCAAAGAUGAUCUACCUGGAGGCUAAUUUUGUGCAGUUUAAGGAGGAGCUUCUUCCUAAAGAGGGGAAUAAAGCGCUGCUGACGUUCCCAUUCCUGCACAUCUACUGGACCGACUGCUGCGACACAGAGGUGUACAAGGCGUCAGUGAAGGAGGACAUGCAGCGCUGGCAGGGCGUCCUGCGGCUCCACGGCUCUGCUGAUUGGCUGAUCGUGGUGGUGGAAAACGACAACAAGAAGAAGAACAAGACCAACAUCCUGCCGCGCACCUCCAUCCUGGACAAGAUCCGCAACGACUUCUGCAACAAGCAGAGCGACAGGUGUGUGUCUCUGUCGGAGCCGCUGAAGGAGUCGUCGCGCUCUCAGGAGUCGUGGAGUUCGUUCCUCACGAAGCUGCGGACGCUGCUGCUCAUGUCCUUCACCAGGAAUCUGGGGCGCUUCGAGGACGACAUGCGGACGCUGCGGGAGAAACGCACCGAGCCCGGCUGGAGCUUCUGCGACUACUUCAUGGUGCAGGAGGAGCUGGCGUUUGUCUUCGAGAUGCUCCAGCAGUUUGAGGAUGCUCUGGUGCAGUAUGAUGAGCUGGACGCUCUCUUCACGCAGUACGUGCUCAACUUCGGCGCUGGAGAUGGAGCGAACUGGCUGUGCUCGUUCUGCCAGCCGGUGCGCAGCUGGAACGGGCUGCUGCUGCGGAGACCCAUCGACAUGGAGAAGCGAGACCUGAUCCAGAGAGGAGACGCCAGCCUGCUGGACCUGCGCAGUUACCUGUUCUCCCGCCAGUGCACGCUGCUCAUCUUCCUGCAGAGACCCUGGGAGGUGACGGCCCGCGCCCUGGAGCUGCUGCACACCUGCGUACAGGAGCUGCGGCUGCUGGAGGUGUCAGUGGUGUGUGGUGCGCUGGACUGUUGGGUGUUUCUGAGUUGUCUGGAGGUUCUGCACAGGAUCGAGGGCUGUUGCGAGCGUAGUCAGCUGGAGGCAAACUACUCACACACUGUGGGCUUGUGGACAUACGCCACGGAGAAGCUGAAGGCUCUGGGUGAUCUGUGUGGUCUGGUGUCUGAAAACGGCCCUAACUCUGAAGAUCUGAACAGAACAGUGGACCUGCUGGCCGGUCUGGGCGCAGAGAGAGCUGAAACAGCGCAAAGUCUUCAGAGUCCGUAUAAGAAGCUGAAGGAGGCGUUAUCGUCUGUCGAGGCCUUUGAGAAACACUAUCUGGUGAGUGCUCCGUCUCAUCAUCUCUGUGCGCGUGUGUGUGUGUGUGUCUGAGUGAGUGUGUGUUUGACUGCUGUGAUUAGCAGGUUUAUUUCUGUAGCUCAUCUGAGGAAGGGUGACCCUCAGAGUGCUGAGCUCUUCUUGCUGGACUCUCUGAAGUCGUUCGUGUCUGAGAGCUGGAGUUUGCCGCUCACACACACACGCCGGCAGAUCGCGGAGUGCCAGAAGCAGCUGCAGAAGAUGGACGAAUACCUGCAGACCAGCGCUCUGCUCGCCAGCGACACCAACCUGAGCCAUGAAGAGAGAAAACACUUCUGCCAGGAGAUCCUGACCUUCGCCAGCCAGCCAGAGGGCAAAGGUCAAGCCAAAGUGUCUCUCAGCAUGAGUUCUCUAGGUGUCCUGCAGGAGCUGAUCUUCUGUCCAGCAUCCGCUGUGGUUCACGUGGGUGCGGAGCUGCAGAUGGAGCUGCAUGUGUGCAGUCUGCAGCCGCUGCCGGUGUGUGUGCAGCAGUUCUCCGCCGCUCUGCACUUCAGUACGGAUCCGCCGGGCACACACAGACGCUCCGCUCAGCAGGCGUCCGGCAGCGUGGUGUUCCCGGCGCUCAGCCCGGUGAGUGUGUCUCCUGCGCUGGAGCUGUGCGAGGUGACAGAGCUCAGUCCGUCUGACAGUGCGCUCAGCUCCGCCGGUGUGGCCUGUAAGAACACACACCUGCUGAUGCGCAGGCCGGACAGCGCCACCUCUCUGCAGACGGGCGGCACUGCAGCGACAUCGGCUCUGGAGGAGGCAGAACACAUGCUGAGGGCCACAGACAUCACACUGCAGCCCGGACACAACACCAUCAGCUUCAGCGCGCCGAGCCAGAAGCCGGGCACGUACACGCUCCGUCAGCUGUGUGCGACUCUGGGCCGUGUUCAGUUCGUCCUGCCGCACCUUUACCCUGUGGUUCAGUAUGAGGUUUAUUCCCAAGAGCCUCAGCUCAGCAUCCAGCCGCUCACAGAGUGUCUGUUAGCUGGUUUGCCGCAGCAGGUUCAGUUCUGCAUCCAGACGGGUCACUACAGCGUGAAGAAGGGCGACGCUCUGCAGCUCAGCAACACUGACUCCAUGCCUGUGCUGCACACACACACCUGCAGCGCGCGCAUCCGCAACAGUAGCGGAGAUGUGGUGUGUGAAAGCGCUCUCUCCAUCCAGUCCUCAGAGAAGGUGACCAGCAUCUCUCUCCCGGCGACUCCGGCUUAUCACACGCUGGAGUUCCAGCUGGAGGUGCUCUGCCGUAUCCCAGCAUGCCCUGUGGCGGCGCGCGUGGAGAGCGAGCGGCUCACCAACGGACAGAUCAGCCAUCGAGCGCGCAGCAGGACACGCUACAGCAGCGGCACCGCCAUCAUCGACCAGAAGGUGUCUAUUGACUGUCCCUGGUCGAUCUACUCUACUCUGGUCUCUCUGACCUUCCACGUGCCCUUUAAAGUCAAACACUCGCUGCUCACUGCAGGACGCAGGAAGUUUGUCCAGGUUUGUCUUCAGAAUGUUUCCGACACUAACUUCCGUCUGACCAAUCAGACGCUCACUGAGAAUCAAGACACACCCUCACUGGAGCUGCUCUCGCUCAACACUAAAACACACUGCGUGGUGUUCAGUCAGCAGUGUGUGUUCAGCGUGUGGGAGCUGCGGUGGAGCGAUGCGCCGCCCGUCUCUCUUCAGUGUGUGUUUUCAGCUUCGUUCGCUCCUGCAGAUGCUCCAGACACACACCUCAAACCCUACACACACCAGUUCAGCCUGGAGAGAGUCUCGACUGUGUACAGUGUGCGUGCAGACAUCUCUCCGGCAGCUGGAGAUGGUGAGUGUCGCUGCGGCUCCCUCUGCAGGCUGGAGGUGUCCAUCACACGCCUGACUGAACACACAGAUGCAGAGCGCUCAGACGAGGAGUACAGCGACACUGACGGCCUGCGCACAUGCAGACUGCUGUAUGAAGUGAUGGACAACAGCAGUAACUGGGCAGUGUGUGGGAAGAGUUCGGGUGUGGUCUCCAUGCCGACGGCUGCCAUGGCGACACAUAAAGUGCAGAUGGAGAUCAUGCCUCUGUUCGCCGGCUCGCUGCCGUUUCCCAGCAUCCGUCUGUUCAGAUACCUGCCGCACCAGGCCAACGCCAGCGUGCAGCCGGACUCAGACUCGUGUGUGGAGAGCGACAGUGUGUCGGUGGUGGAGCGCGGUGUGGAGGAGUGUGACUCUGCGAGUGUGCGCAGCCGCAGCAGUGUGUGCAGCAGCAGUGACGGGCCCCGGGGUCUCCCCAUGCCCCGCCGGCAGGCUCUGGGCCCCGCUCAGGUGUUCAGCAGCACGCAGAGCCGACAGGUGAGGGUCCUGCCCGCCGCGGACCACCACCAGCUGGAGAUCAACGUCACAUGACCACACGCCCCGCCCUCUGUCUGCGCUCUGAUUGGACGAGAGACGCGGCGGCUCACUCAUGGACACCAGUGACUGGAGCCUUCAUGUGACGACUCGCGCGCGCGCGCACACACACACACACACAUCCCAUAAUGCCUUGCAGCCCCUCCUCCACACGCUCAGGUGUGUGUGUGUAAGAGAGUGUGUGAUUGUGUCUGUGAGAUGCAUGAGUGUGUGUUACAGUAAUAAAUGUGUGUGAUAAUGUGUGCACAAGUGUGAGAGUGCUUAUGUUUGUGCUCGUGUGUGUGUGUGUGUGUGUGUGUGUUGAUCUGCUGUAGUAUGAGUGUGUGUCUACUGUGCGUGGUUGUGUGCGUGUGUGUGUUUAUCUGCUGUA